AUGCAAAGACGGAGAAAUAAAGUUAAAGAUAAGCCGCCCCCGGAGCCGCACCGAGAGUACUUGGACGCCGAGUCCAGCGAUGAAGCGGAAAGGCACGAGGAAUACGAAGAGUAUGAAGACGAUGAGCUGAGGCCGAUUUACAGCACAGAGGAGCUUAAUGAAUUGAUUCAGUGCGUUAAGGACAUGACGACGCUGAGCGGUCUGACGGACAGCGAUUGGACGAGGAGGUGUGACAUAUUUAUCAGCGAGUUUUUCCACGACCCGAGCAUUCCGGUGCUCAGCAUCUAUCGCGUGAACGGCAGCCUGACCAUAGAAUUUUCAUUUCCGACCGUGCCCGUGCACGAGCUAACCUACUUCGUAAGACAACCCAACGAGAUUCUCUACCCGGAGGACUUUCGUGAGCGCAUUCUCUUUGGGUCGAUGAACGACAAGGUGGAGAGUCACAUACUGGGCGUCAUGCAGAACGUGCUCGCGCCGAUCUUCUUCACCAUCGAGACCUGGCCCGACAGUAUCCUUCGUCUCUCCGUCUCUCUUCCCGUUUAUCAUCGAGCAUUGUAUCUGUUUCGAUUCAAUCCUUCUAAUGAUCACGUUGUGGCAACGGUUGAGAUGAUCAUCUUUCGAUUAGUCAAUGCGCAUCUUGUGAACAGUCCGCCUGUAACCCGAAGGGUGCCGAUCGCGUUAGCUACCACCAAGCUAAUAAUCGUGCAUCGACGAGCGCACGUAGCUGCAAUCGACAGUAGCAGUGAUAAAGCGGACUUCUGCACCCAACUGGACACCUUCCUGUGCAAUUUAACGGACCUCACGUACAAAAUGCUGGGCUUAACCGUGAUAUAUGUACCGUUGGAGACUAGGGAGUUCACCACGGAGGAGGGUAGCGCCGAUAAGGAGUUGGUGAAGAGGCUCGAGGGUGUGGUGGCCCGUUGGAACACCCAAAUCAAACUGGCCCUCGCCGACCAGGAACAGGCGACUCCGCGCGAGUUACUGUGCCUCGACGACGAAUAUGACUUCUGGAUUUACCGAUGUAAGUGCUUACACCCCGAAAGAAGGAGGGACGGGCUGCGCGCGGGUAGAAUCGUUUCCCGAUCCAAUUGUUACUUUGGCUUUCCGACAUGCGAUACCUCUUUGUUAGAUGACAACCUGUGCAGUUUGAGUUACCAGCUGCACAAGAACACGGUCGCGCUCAUUAUCGAUGUACUGCUGGCCGCGCAGUUCACUUACGUGCGUCAGUUUCUGGUGUUGCGGGAAGAGAUCGAGCAUGGCACAGUGGAGGCAAAGUCGAACAUCGAGUUCCUGGGCAUCCUGAAGGACACUUGCAACGAGCUGAAGGCCUGCACCGACCCCGCGAGCAUCGGUCGAUGUCUGCCAAAAAUGAUUCAUCUCUUCAGGACGAUUUGGCUCAACUCGCCCUACUAUAAUACACGCGAGCGGAUAAGCAAUCUUUUCAGUGCUCUCAGCAACCAGGUCGUCGUCAUGUGCAAAGACUUUAUCGAUCUCGAGGAUGUAUUCGCGGGCAAGACCAGGAAGAGCAUGAAGAUGUUUGACGAGUGUAUCAAACUGUGCGAGGAUUAUAAGACCGUGUACCAUGAGGAAAUAUUAUAUAUAUUUUUUAUUUUAUCUUUUUUUUAUAAUUUCCAGAUCGCGAACGCGCACAUCAAUCUCACGUACCACCUUUGGGACUUAGAUGCGGGAAGCAUAUUUCGUUACGUCGACGUUUUCAUCGGCAGGUGUCAGGAUAUGAUCGAGAUUUGUCAAGCAAUGAUUGAUUUUGCAAGGUUCGAGUAUGAUACAGCAGAGCGUGCAAGCAAUGAUAAAUGCACUACAACGCGCGAUAUCAGUUUUUUUACUAUUAUCUAUACAACUCCAUUAAAAUUAUUUUGCACAGAGAAUAGCUCAAUAUUGGAUGAGACUGCCGAGAUUUCGAGUCCUAAAUUUAGUGGUACGAACGGUGAGGAAUACGAAAGGGUGUGCCAAAAGAUCGAGAGACUUUUUCACGAGGCUUUGCGCAAAGUCAAGGCGAACUCGGACAAGAUCUUCUCUGUUCACGAAUCCACGUGGAACGAUGAUAUGAUCGUAUUUCAUACUGAAAUGAGGGACUUAGAGAUAAUGAUCGAAAACUUAAUAGCCACCGUCUUUAGGGGCGUUAAUAACGUUCAAGAGGGGAUAGAAGACUUACAGAGCUUCUACAAUUACUUGAAUCGCGAGAAUUUAAAGUCGCUGUUUGACAACAAGAAUGCAUACGUAAGAAUAAAUUACCAAUGGACACGAAUUGUUUCCAACAAAAAUUAUUAUCAAUUUUAUUUAGAACAGUUUUUUUAUUUUGCUUUGAGACAUAAGAUUAAGUGGCUAAAAAUUGUAUUUACUGGCAUAUCAAUAUUUUCCGCUCAGAUAUGGCAGAUCUUCGCCGACGAUAUUCAACGGACAAAACAGGAGGUUCUGAACGAGAGAGAAGAGUACUCGUCGAUUACUCCAUACUACGCCGGCCGAGCGUUGAAUCUUCGUUUGAAAGGUGACCGUCUGUUAUCGACGCGGAAGAUGCUGGAGGAGGCCGCGUGGAUGCCGUAUUGCGGCAAGAGCCAGAAGGUCUAUCAUCAGCAAGACAUCGUGAUCAGCUCGAUCGAGGACUCCGUGAGGGAUCUAUACACGAAAUGGUUGCACGAGGUCGGCGAAAACCUGCGCGCACGACUCGAUCGUUUCCUGAUGCGGCGGAGCGAUAGCAAAUCCGGCCUGCUCGAGUGCAAUAUCGACCCUAAUAUCUUGAAUCUCUGCCGCGAGUGUUCCCAUUGGAUCAGCCUGAGAUUCAACAUACCCGUGCACGUACAACUGAUAUGCGACAAGUGGGACGCAUUGCACUUCAUACACGAAAGUGUCCUCGCCGUCACGCUGGCGUACAACAAGAUUGUCGAAGGUCCGUUCCCCGUGUUUGCCAAAUUAAAAAAAAUAGAAAUGAUGAUUCGGAAGAUUCUUCAAAAUAAUUCGGAGAAAUUAUGUCCGUCGAGGAAUUCUCACAACUCAUUGUCAUUUCUCCCGCGAACUCUAGCACGUGUUACAACGUUGCGUUUCGUAAUUUAUAAUAUUAGGUCGGUGCAUAAGUUCUUGCCGAUUUUGCAAUUUUUCUUUAUUGAAAUGAAACAAUCGAUACAGUAUAAAUCAAUCAAAGUAUCUUCCAUCAUUUUCUACUUAUUCUCAUUUCUCCGGCAGCAUGCGAGUAUCACGUCGAAAGAAGAAGUCAUCUUUCGAGGCGAUUUAUUCAUCAAUUCAACAAGAAUUUUAAUGCUUCUCGCGCGCGAUGCGAGCGAUGUUCUUCCUAUUUGCAGUCACACGCGACGAUCCCGCGUGGAUAUAUUCUUGCAACGUAGCGAGAACUUGUAUUUUUCAGCAUUGUCACUGGUGGAACGUGCGCUGUUUCGCGAAUUAAUUCGGCAGCUCGACCGAAAGAUCAAUCCCGGCUUAACCAAGCUGACGUGGAGCACGGAUUACGUUGACGCAUACAUCGAGGAUUGUUUCAACGAGACGGCCAAUGUACGCCUAGACUCUCUUACCUCGGCGGCACGUGCGAAGUCCUUCCAGGAGUUCAUCGACGCUUACAAGAACUCGAACGCCGAGAUCGUAAGAAUCUGCGAGAGCAUAUGCGACACUCCUAUGAUCAAGAUACGAGUUAAUUACACGUACACACUGCCCGUGCUGGAGGAGGAGAUGCUGCACAGUCGAACGGAGUGGAAAGAUUAUUUAAUGAGGAUCGACGCGGUAAUCGAGGAAGCUAUGAGGUUGUGUUUGAGGAGUUCUUUGACCAUCAUGUAUGAAGCCCUUCAUGGCACCGGCGCGACAGGACCGUCACCUCUUGUAUCAAUACAAGCGGAUAUUAUCGAUAACAAAAUAAAGUUCGUGCCAAAUCUUUUGGAGAUUGCUACGAUGAUAGGAAAUAUCUCCAACGGUUUACUGAAACCUUUCAAAGACGUCACGCGGUUAAUCAAGAAGUUUAAAAUGCGAGAUAAGAGCUUCCCUUUUUUACAAUUGUAUAAGGAGGACACCGAGCUGAUUGAACUCCAACAGAAACUCAAUAACGAAGUAAGCUACUGUUUCGUUCAAAUACAAAGCUACCUCAAGACGUGGGAGCCUUUCAAAGAUAUAUGGGAGGUGAAUAAAGAUCUGUACAUUCAAAGAUUCGAAAAGCUGAAACCGACUGCGGCAUCUUUCGACGCGGAUAUAACCAAGUACCUCGAUGUGGUGGAUAACGUGCAACUGCAGGAAACGAUGACGACAGUGCAUUUUCUCAGUAUAAAUUCUGAUGGAUUGAAAGCCACCAUCAUCGAACACUGUUCAAUCUGGCAUCAGAAACUCACCACACUUUUGCUGCGCAUGACCGACGCGAUGAUCGACCACGUUUAUCAUUACGUCGCUGAAAAUUCCACAAAAAUAACGAAGGAACCAACGGAUCUCAUCAGCAUGCAAUCCGCGCUGCGAUUGUUCGAGAGGCUCACCGCCGAGAUUCCGAAAGAGGAAGAAGAGUUCCCCAAGAUCCAGGAGCAGUACCAAACUUUGGAGAAAUACGAGGUGCCGCUGACUUUCGAGUUCAAGAGGAAAUUAAAAGACAUCGAGCGCUCCUGGGCGGCUUACUUGGAGUUACUUGCCACGUGCGAAGUUACUCUGUCCGAAAAAAAGGAAGAGUUUAAGCAAAUAUUGCUCACCGACGCAACAAUGUUCAAAGAAGACGCAUCUUCACUAGUGCGCAGAUUUAACGAUACCGGUCCCUUCACAUCAGACUGGAAUUCAAAGGAAUUAUUAUCACAGUAUUGUAUUACCUUUGUCGCAGACGCUUUGAACUGGUUGGCCGUUUUCUGGAAGGAGAUCCAGUCUCUGCGAGACAGAGAAGGUCUGUUAAAAUCGCAGCUAACGAUUUUUGGCAUAAAUUACCCCGACUCCCGAGAGCUCGCGGAACUCGAGAAGGACGUGGCCGUGAUUGAAUUGGUCUGGCAAUUGACGGACGAAUGGAACGGCGCCUGGGAGCGCUACAAAACCGGAAAUUUCUGGACGAUAGAAAUCGAGGAGAUGGACACGACCGCUAAUCUCCUCCUCCGGAAACUCACGAAGCUCAGCAGGGAGCUCAAAGAAAAGAAUUGGGAGAUCGUCGAGAAUACCAGGUCAAGAGUCGACAAGUUCCGACGUACCUUGCCGCUCAUCACGGAUCUGAAGAAUCCGGCGAUGAGACCGAGGCAUUGGAAGCGAGUGAAGGACGCGAUGAAUCUAGACUUCGACGAGAUGUCGGAAGACUUCACCUUGGACGCGAUGGCCAGAAUGCAGAUGCAUAAGUUCGCGCAGGAGAUUAACGAAAUCUCGAACGCGGCCACGAUGGAGCUCGCCAUCGAAGUUGGACUCCAACGCAUCAAGGAUACCUGGGAAAAAAUGCCGAUUACGAUGAUUCCGUACAAAGGUAGAGGGAUAUACCGACUGAAGGCUGUAGACGACGUGAUGCAAACGUUGGAGGACCAUCAGGUGCAACUGUCAUCAAUGAAGGCGACGAGGUUCGUCGAGCCGUUCGCGCAGGAAGUUGACUAUUGGGAGAGGACACUGUCGAUGGUCGGUGAAGUUCUGGAGAUGGUACUGGUGGUACAGAGGGAAUACACGUAUCUGGAUAACAUAUUCAGCACCGAGGACAUUAUAAAACAACUUCCAAUGGAGACGGACGAUUUUGAUAAAAUAACAAGCGAGUUGAUCGAGCUCACGUCCAGAAUGGCUUCCCAUGCUUUGGCAUUGCCAGCCACUCUAAGUCCACCUGGCUUGCUGGAAGUCCUGAACAAACUCAAUGACAAGUUGGAGGCGUUGCAGCAGGCGCUCGAGCAAUACCUGGAGACCAAGAGACGCGUAUUUCCAAGAUUAUACUUCGUCUCGAACGACGAUUUAUUGGAGAUCCUCGCGCACUCGAAACGGCCGGAUCUCAUGCAGCCGCACAUCAGGAAGCUCUUUGUGAACAUCAAGUCCUUGAAGCUCGCCAAGGUUGGGAAGAAUGUGGCUGACGGCAUGUACUCCAACGAAGGAGAAUACGUCGAGUUUGUCUUGCCGGUUCUCUUGGAGGGUCAAGUCGAACACUGGCUGUGCGAUAUCGAGGCCGCGAUGAGAGUGACCCUGCGCGAAGUGUUGAAGCAGUGCCGGACAGCGCUGCGAAAAAUGCUCGCGGUACGCGACAGGUGGGUGAAAGAGUGGCCGGGUCAGCCGAGCAUUACGUCCACUCAAAUCCAAUGGACGAGCGACUGCACGCGGACCCUGACGCACUGCAAGAUGGCGGACUCGAAGAGGCCGUUGCGAAAGCUGAGGAGGAAGCAGGAUCAGGCACUAGACAAAUACUCGAAGGCUAUACAGAGAGACUUGAAUAAGCUGGGUCGGCUGAAGCUCAAGGCCAUCAUCGUGAUCGAGAUACACGCGAGGGAUGUGAUCGAGAAACUGUACAGAAUGAAUUGCAGAGACGAGAACGCUUUCGAGUGGCUGUCGCAGUUGAGAUUUUAUUGGGACAAGGACAUCGACGAUUGUACCGUCCACCAGACGAACACCCGUUUCGUGUACGGUUACGAGUACCUAGGCAACACCGGAAGACUCGUGAUCACCCCGCUGACGGAUCGAUGUUAUAUCACGUUGACAACUGCUCUUCAUUUAUACUGCGGUGGCAGCCCGAAAGGACCGGCGGGUACCGGAAAAACCGAAACGGUGAAGGACCUAGGGAAAGCGCUCGGUUUCAACGUGAUCGUACAGAAUUGCUCGGAAGGGUUGGACUACAAAAGUGUAGGAAGACUAUUUUCUGGACUGGCGCAAAGCGGCGCCUGGGGAUGCUUCGACGAAUUCAAUCGAAUUAACGUCGAGGUGUUAUCAGUAGUGGCGCAACAGAUACUAUCGAUACUGACCGCUCUCUCUCAGAGACUUACGAGAUUCAUUUUCGACGGCGGCGAGAUAGCCCUGGUACACACCUGCGGCAUCUUCAUCACAAUGAAUCCCGGUUACGCCGGACGUACCGAACUUCCAGACAAUUUAAAGUCCAUGUUCCGGCCAAUCUCGAUGAUGGUGCCGGACAGCAGCAUGAUCGCUGAGAUUAACUUGUUUGGCGAGGGAUUUCAAAAUACGCGCGUACUGGCCAAGAAGAUCUUCACUUUGUACUCUCUCGCCCAGCAGCAGCUUAGUAAGCAAUAUCAUUAUGACUUCGGUUUGCGUGGUAUAGUAACACUGACCCGCUACGCCGGGAAGAAGAAAAGGCUGCAUCCGAAUUUACCCGACGAGAAGAUAAUUAUUCUCGCCAUGAAAGAUAUGAACGUCGCCAAACUUACCUCGGACGACCUACCGCUAUUCCUCGAUAUCACCACGGAUCUUUUCCCCAACAUAGACGUACCGACCGUGGAUUACGAGGAAAUUAUCAGUUAUAUAACGAAGGAGGCAAUCAAGCUGAAGCUGCAGCCAAUCUCGAUGCUAGUGACGAAAGUCAUCGAGCUGCACGAGACCAAGGGCUCGCGCCACUCAACGAUGCUCGUCGGCACGUCGAACACCGCGAAAACCACAACGUGGAAGAUUCUGCAGAACACGAUGACGACAAUGAAGAGCGAUGGCAAGCCGGGCUUUAACAUCGUUCACGUACAUCCCAUUAAUCCUAAGGCACUGAGUCUCGGUGAACUCUACGGCGAGUACAAUCUUUCCACCGGCGAAUGGCUCGACGGGGUGAUAUCGUCCAUCAUGCGGAAAACUUGUUCCGAGGAUACCGUCGACGAAAAGUGGAUCCUCUUUGACGGACCUGUGGACGCUGAUUGGAUUGAGAACAUGAACAGUGUCAUGGACGACAACAAGGUACUCACCCUGAUAAAUAACGAUCGCGUAGUUAUGCCCGAUCAAGUGUCGCUGCUGUUCGAGGUACAAGAUCUGGCAGUCGCCUCGCCCGCGACCGUCUCCAGAGCGGGAAUGGUUUAUCUCGAUUAUAAGAAUCUCGGUUGGCGUCCGUACGUCGACUCAUGGUUGCGAAAGUACGACGCGAAGCCAGAAUUCGCCAAAGAGAUGAAUCAGCUGUUCGAGAGCCACGUAAACGCCACGCUGGAAUUCAAGAGACGAAACUGCGAGGAGCUCGUGCCGAUCCUCGAGCUGAACGCCGUUCAGUCGCUCUGCAAGCUCCUCGAGGUAUUCGCGACCCCGCAAAACGGCGUGGAAUUGGGCGAGGACCGUGACACUUUUUCCAUCAUCUGCAAAAUGUGGUUUUUCUUCUGCAUGAUAUGGUCGCUGUGCGCCGCAGUCAACGAGGAGGGUCGUCAGAAAAUGGAUAAUUUCAUAAGGGAGAUCGAGAGUUCCUUUCCGUUACGGGACACGGUGUACGAGUACUAUGUAGACUCGCGUUUGCGUACGUUUAUUUCCUGGGAGGAGAAGUUGUUACACGCGUGGAAACCUCAGCCCGGUCUACCAUUCCACAAGAUAAUAGUACCUACCGUAGACACGAUACGGUACGAUUACGUCGUAAGUUCCCUCCUGUCGAAUGGCUUUCCGGUGCUCGUAGUGGGCCCAGUGGGCACUGGAAAAACGUCCACCAUCCAUUCGAUACUCGAGCUUCUGAACGACACGAAGUACGUAAUUCUGCUUGUAAACAUGUCGGCGCAAACUACAUCGAAUAACGUGCAGGACGCGAUAGAAAGCAGACUGGAGAAACGAACGAAGGGCGUUUACAUUCCCACGGCUGGCAAGACUAUGAUCGCCUUCCUGGACGAUUUUAAUAUGCCCAUGAAGGAGACUUAUGGCUCGCAACCGCCGCUGGAGCUGAUUCGUCAGUGGAUCGAUUACGGAUUUUGGUACGAUCGCCAGAAGCAAACCAGGAGAUAUAUUCAAAGGAUACAAUUGAUCGCAGCGAUGGGACCGCCUGGCGGAGGCCGCAAUGUCAUCACGGAUCGAUUGCUCACGAGGUUCAACGUCAUCAACAUGGCUUUUCCAACGGAGAAACAAAUUAUACGGAUCUACGGCACGAUGCUGAACCAACAGCUCGCCGAAUUUCAUGCCGAGGUGAAAGGGAUAGCUCACGAGAUAACACUUGCCUCGAUCGAUCUGUACGACAAUGUGAUUCAAAAGAUGCUUCCCACCCCAACGAAGAUGCACUACCUAUUCAACCUGAGGGACAUUUCAAAGGUCUUCCAAGGGCUGCUGCGCAGCCAUAAGGACUAUCAAUAUUCGAGGCAGACCUUCCUACGAUUGUGGGUUCAUGAGAGUUUCCGAGUUUUCUGCGAUCGGCUUAUUGACGAGAAGGACAGAGAGUGGUUCGUGACUCAGCUGAACGAUCAGCUCGGCAGGCACUUUGAAUUGACCUUCCAUAACAUCUGUCCGGAAAAGAGAUGCCCCCUUUUCGGUGGUUUUAUGAAUGCCUGGAACAUAUACGAAGAUCUGCCGGAUAUCGGCGCCGUAAGGCGCCACGUGGAAGGACAGAUGGAUGAGUAUAAUGUUUCUCCUGGCGUGGUGCGCCUCGAUCUCAUCCUGUUCCGCGAUGCGAUCGAACAUGUAUGUCGCAUCGUUCGCGUAAUAUCGCAGCCUCGCGGUAAUGUACUUCUGGUCGGAAUUGGCGGUAGCGGCAGACAAUCGCUCGCGCGUAUCGGCAGUUACAUGUGCGAACUGUCCACCUAUCAAAUCACCGUUACGAAGCAAUAUAGGGUAGCGGAAUUUCGCGAGGAUCUCAAGACCCUGUACUCGAUAGUCGGGGUGGAGAACAAACCGACCAGUUUCCUCUUCAACGAUACUCAAGUGGUGGAAGAGCAGUUCCUAGAGAUUGUCAACAAUAUGCUGAGCACCGGCGAAGUGGCUAAUCUCUACAAGAGCGACGAAAUGGAGGACAUUAAAAAUCGACUAUCCAGAGAAGUAACAAGGGCUGGAAGGAUACCAACGACCGAGACGGUAUACUCCUUCCUGAUCGAGAGGGCGCGUGCCAAUAUGCAUUUGAUCCUGUGCAUGAGUCCGAUCGGCGAUGCCUUCAGGAACAGAUUACGGCAGUACCCUUCCCUGAUCAAUUGCACGACCAUCGAUUGGUUCUUGGAAUGGCCAAGGGAAGCUCUACUCGAAGUUGGCAACAAGUUCCUCAUGAAUCUCAAUCUGACGCUCACUAUCACCGGCGAAAAUAAAGUGGAACCGCGGCAAUCCGCGACGGCUAUCCCAUUGCCGCCGUUGCAGGACCGAAUGCGCGAUGGAAUUGCAGCAUCAUUCUCUUUGAUCCACGACACGGUGUCCCAGUUCUCUCGCAGAAUGGCCGUUGAAAUGAAGCGUUACAAUUACGUGACUCCUGUGAAUUUCAUCGAGCUCGUAGCCGGUUAUAAAAAGAUGUUGGCGGAGAAAAGACAAGAUUUAGCAGAUCAGGCGAACAAACUCCGCGGCGGUCUCUCGAAGAUCGACGAUACCCGGGUGAAAGUUAAAGAAAUGGCGGCGGAGCUCGAAGUCACUCAGGAGCAAGUUCAUAAAUCUACGCUGGAGUGCGAAGAAUUCCUCGUAACGAUAGUAAACCAACAACGCGACGCCGAUGACACGCAGAAGCUGGUCACCGCCAAAUCGCAUCGCAUUGCCGAGGAGCAGAAGGAGUGCAAGAAACUCGAAGAACUCGCGCGAGCUGAUCUGGCGACCGUCGAACCCGCCCUGAACGAGGCCAUGAAGGCGCUGGAGACUCUGAGCAAGAAGGACUUGGCUGAAAUAAAAUCUUUCCCACAUCCGCCGCCGAAGGUUGAGAUGGUGAUGGAAGCUGUGAUGAUCCUGAAGAACUCGGAGCCCACGUGGGCGGAAGCGAAGCGCCAACUUAGCGACGUAAACUUCAUUAAUACGCUCCGGGACUUCGACAAAGAUCAUAUAUCGGACCGAGUUCUACGAACAAUAGCCAAGUACACAUCCAAUCCCGAAUUCGAUCCUAUAAAGGUCGGCAUGGUAUCUGUCGCCGCUAAGUCACUUUGCAUGUGGGCGAUAGCCAUGGAACAGUACGGCAAGCUAUAUCGGAUCGUGGCGCCGAAACGGGAAAAACUGCAGGUCGCAUUGGCGUCACUGAAGCAGAAGGAAAUGGCUUUAGAGCAGACGAUGCAGCAGCUGCAGAACUUGCGCGAGCAGCUCGAGAAGUUACAGCGGAUGUACGACGCGAGAAUGAAAGAAAAGGAGGAUUUGAUUAGGCUGGCUGAAUUAUUAAAGCUGAAAUUGAAGCGUGCAGCGAUGCUGGUGGAGAGUCUUUCCGAGGAACGAAUUCGAUGGGAGAAUACAGUGGCAUCAUUAACCGAGUCUUUCGAGUGGCUACCAGGUGAUUGCUUGAUAUCCACCGGCUUCGUGUCGUAUCUGGGUCCGUUUGUGUCCAAUUACAGACAAGAAUUGAUAAGUAUUUGGUCCAAGGAGGUGCGAGUUCGGGAAAUACCGACAUCGCCAGAUCUAGAUGUGAAGGAAUUCCUAGCUGAUCCCUCGACAAUCAGGGAUUGGACCAUUCAGGGAUUACCACCCGACGGAUUUAGCACGGAAAACGGCAUAAUAGUGACGUGGACAACACGUUGGCCCCUCGUAAUCGAUCCACAAUAUCAAGCGGCGAAGUGGAUCAAAAAUAUGGAAGCGAAAAAUUCACUGAAAGUAAUCGACUUUGGUCAAGCGGACUUUAUGAGAGUUCUGGAACAAGCAAUUCAGUUCGGAAACCCAGUACUGCUCGAAAAUAUCGGAGAGACUCUCGAUCCGGGCUUGAACCCAAUUCUCCAAAAGGCUUUUAUUAAAUCAGGUGAUCAAUUAAUCAUCAAAUGUAACGACAAGUUAAUCACUUAUAAUGCACGAUUUCGGCUGUUUAUGACGACGAAACUUUCGAAUCCCCACUAUGCUCCGGAGGUAUUAACUAAAACGACGUUAUGCAACUUCGCCAUCAAGGAGGAAGGGCUGGAAGCCCAGCUCCUGGCGAUCGUGGUCAGGAAGGAGAAGCCGCAACUUGAGGAAGAGAAGGACAAUCUAGUGCUCACGAUUGCAUCCGAUAAACGGACUCUCAAAGAAUUAGAAGAUAAAAUACUUUAUCUACUCGGCACGGCGGGGGAAACUCUUUUGGACGACCCAGACCUGCUGAAUACCCUGCAAACAUCAAAGGCAACAUCUAUCUCUAUCCAGAAAUCACUGGUUGUUAGCGAACAGACGGAAAAAGAGAUAGACCUAGCGAGAGAAGGAUAUCGACCGUGCUCGAAACGCGCCUCAAUCCUCUUUUUCGUCUUGAACGACAUGAGCGUUAUCGAUCCCAUGUAUCAGUUCUCCCUGGAUGCAUAUAACACGCUGUUUAUGCUCUCCAUCGACAAGAGUCCCAAAACAACCACGUUCUCCGAGAGGAUCAACAGAUUGAACGAGUACCAUACAUACGCGGUUUACAGGAACACGUGCCGAGGUCUGUUCGAGCAGCACAAGCUACUCUUCUCUUUCCACAUGUGCGUCAAGAUAUUGGAUGCGCAGGGUAAGAUCAUCCCGGGCGAAUACGCGUUUCUGCUCCGUGGCGGUAUCGUGCUGGACCGAGAGAAUCAGCCGGACAAACCCGUGCCGUGGCUGCCGGAUGAAACUUGGGACAACGUCACGGAACUCGACAAGCUGCCCGGAUUUCACGGAGUCGCUUCUUCUUUCGAGCAGCUCCCACGAGAUUGGCUCAAUUGGUACAUCAGCGCGGAGCCGGAAGUUGCGCCACUAGUAGGCGAGUGGGAGGAAGGAUGCACCGAGUUCCAGAAAAUGUUAUUCAUCCGCAGCUGUCGACCUGACAGAAUAUCUUUCUGCAUCACGACCUACAUCGUGCGCAAUCUCAGCCAGAGUUUCGUGGAACCUCCUGUACUUGACCUAAAAGCGGCGUUGGAUGAUUCCGUACCGCAGACACCAUUGAUAUUCGUCCUUUCCCCCGGAGCGGAUCCUACCAGUGUACUCGUGCAGUUAGCUGACAGCCAAGACAUGACUGCUCGGUUCAUGAUGCUGUCGCUAGGCCAAGGGCAAGCGCCUAUCGCCACGAGCAUGAUAGAGAUCGGUGCUAGAGAAGGAUCUUGGAUAUUCCUCGCGAAUUGCCAUCUCUCGCUGAGUUGGAUGCCCAAGUUAGAUAAGAUCGUGGAAACGCUUGGCUCCAACCGAACUUUACAUCCGAGAUUUAGAUUGUGGCUCAGCUCGAGUCCGACUCCGCAGUUUCCCAUAUCGAUCCUCCAAGCCGGGAUAAAGAUGACUACCAAGCCGCCAAAAGGAUUAAAAGCCAACAUGAAGCGCCUUUACGGUCUAAUCACCGAGACGCAGUUCGACUUGUGCCAAGAAAAGUCUAAACAUAAAAAGCUGCUAUUCACAUUGGUCUUCUUCCACUCUAUUCUUCUGGAGCGGAAGAAGUUCCGACAGCUCGGUUGGAACGUUGUCUACAGCUUCAACGAUUCGGACUUUGAGGUCUCCGAGAAUCUGCUGCGAAUUUACCUGGACGAAUAUCCAGACACACCGUGGGAAUCUUUGAAAUAUCUCAUAGCAGGUGUUUGCUAUGGUGGUCACGUGACCGACGACUGGGACCGCCGGUUGUUGAUGACGUACGUCCAGCAAUAUUUCACGGACGACGUCCUGACUAUUCCCCAUUAUCGUUUGUCAUCACUGGCCACCUAUUACGUGCCACGCGAUGGCUCCUUGGAGUCCUACCGCGACUUUAUCGCGAUUCUGCCGAACGUUGACAGGCCGGAGGCGUUCGGCCAACAUCCGAACGCGGAUAUCGCUUGCCUGAUAACGGAGGCCAGGAACAUGUUCGAGACUCUGAUGAGCCUACAGGUGCAGAUGAUCAGUACCGAGAAGUACGAGGACAAGGAGGCUAAGGUAAUGCGACUCGCGGGCGACGUUCUCUCGAAAGUCCCGGAAACGAUUGAUUACGAGACGACGGAGAAGCUGAUAGGACCGCACAGGACGCCGCUCGACAUGGUGCUGCUCCAGGAGAUCGGCCGAUACAACGCGUUGUUGACGAGAACUCGCGACAGUCUCGAGGAACUCCGGCGCGGAAUUACGGGGCUGGUGCUGAUGUCGCGGGAGCUGGAAGAAGUCUUCACGUGCAUAUACGAGGGCAGAGUGCCGUCGUUAUGGCUGACCGCGUAUCCGUCUUUGAAACUACUCGGCGCUUGGACGAGGGAUCUAAUCAGUCGAGUCGAGCACUUCGCCAAUUGGGCUCGAACCACUCAUCCGCCGUUGCUCUUCUGGCUAGCUGCGUAUACAUUUCCGAGCGGAUUCCUUACUGCGGUGCUACAAACUUCGGCGAGGCGGUGGAACGUAUCUAUCGAUUCGUUGUCAUGGGAGUUUACUGUCUUCUCCACGGACGAGUCUGCCAUAAUCGAGCCGCCUGUGGACGGUGUAUAUGUACGCUCGAUUUUUCUGGAGGGUGCUGGCUGGAAUAAAGAGAACAGCAUGCUAAUCGAACCUGCCCCCAUGCAGCUUAUAUGCGACAUGCCGGUGAUACAUUUUCAACCUGUCGAGCAUAAGAAAAGAUUCAAAGACAUCUACAACUGUCCUUGUUACUAUUAUCCUAAGAGGUGUGGCGACCAAAUGCAAUCUGCGUUCGUGGUCGCUGUAGAUCUCAAAGCUGGACCACAAGGUUCGGAUUUCUGGGUGAAACGAGGCACCGCGCUUUUGCUGAGUCUGGCAUAAGCAGUGUUUUAAAUAAACUUUAAAAUAAACAGUUAGCUGAUUUAUUAAACUUCAGUUUAGUUUUAGCAGUAACAUGUUUAGCAGUUCUUGCUUAAAAUGAUUUAGUCAUCACAUUUUUUCAUAUCUUUCUAUAUUUUGUUAUUUAUUUUUUAUGAUUAAUAAAAUUUAAAUAUAUAUGUGUGUGUAGAGGAAUACGGAUAUGAAAUUUAUAGAAAUAUUCGCGAUUGCGUAUAAGAUAAUGUAUAGAGAGACAUGUUUUAUGGUUUAUAUUAUUUAUUAUGUAAAAAAGUUAAUUACUGUAUUACUAUAAUAAUAAAAUUAAUUACGAUAAUAAUAAAUUUUUCUAUCUGUACAAGCUUUGGUUUCAACAAUAAAUAAAGGAUCAGUAUUAGUAAGAUAACACCAUCUCUUGUGAUUCAGUUGCACACUAGGCUGUAUUAUUUAACUAUAGUUGUAUUCACACGCGAUAA